AUGAAAAUCGAUUCUAAAACAUUACGGCCGUGUAGUGCAGAAAUUUUUCCUCGAUGUAUGCAACUUAUUGAACAUAUCAAAUCAUCCUCAGAUCGGAGGAUGUUUCUGAAACGACUGACUGAAGUUCAUGAAUGGCAACCACAAUUUGGGAAAUCCGAAAUGGCGAGAUGGUCUGACGUUUUGAACAUGUGCGAUGAGGUAUUGAAGGAUGCCGUAACAUGUAGUUCAUCACCGGGUGCACCGAUGGCUAUCGACGAAGAUCAGAACCUAUUACCAGACGUCACAUCUGUUCUUUCUUUUACCGCUAUGCUUUUCGAGAACACUUUCACCCGUUCAGUCUACAGUUCUACUGAUCGCCUGUUAAACUUGUUGGAUUCUGGUAAUGUGGAGGUUGUUGUGGAAACGUUGCGAUUACUGUUGGUUAUCAGUAAACGUUCCAGAUUUCUCUCACAACAUCUCAGUGAUGUCCAGCAGAAAAAACUCACUAUCCGACUUUCCGCUAUUGCUCAGGCUUGUUUUAUAGCUGUCAUAAUCUCUGUAACACUCCUUUUUAGAAGUAUGAAGAUGGAUGAAUGUUGUACUACGAAUGUGCGACCUUCCGCUUUGUUACCAAUCGGAUUUCAGACGGACACGAACAAUCUUGUUCGUUCUAUACAUUUAGAUAAGAGUUUUGCGGCUGAAUUGGAACACUUGUUGUCAGGUAAAAAAAUUGAGGAAGAUGAGCGUGCAUCUUUCAUAGCUCGCUUACGUCUAGUACGGUCAUUUAACACUUCUCGCGGUCGUCGUCUAAGUAUUAUUGCGCGCCUUCUUUCAUUAUCUAUACUGGUUUACACUCGCAGUUUGAUAGAAGAAUGGGCAAUGACUACAAUGCUUUAUGAUGGCCUUAUUGAAGAAAUAACUCGUUUAUUACUAAUUAAUAAUACGUCUGAGUCAAUUAUUGAUGCAGUUAAAACGGAAGCACUUCGUACGCUAACCAGUAUUGUUUCGCUUGGAAGACCUGCAAAGUUGAACAUAGUAGUGGAAUCCCUCGGAGUAAAUUCGUAUCACGGUUUCCUGGCUCGAAUGACUCGCCAGUGUGUCGACGACUUACGGUGCGGAAGAAUUGGAAAUGGGUAUACAACGGUGCCAUUUUGCACCGCCCUGUUUUCUUUGCUUUAUCAUCUUGCAGGAUUUGAAAAUGGCGGUGAAGCAUUAGUUUCGUGCGCUUUAACGGAGACAUUACUGGGUGUAGUAUCCUGUGAAACGCUGCCUUUAGAACUCAUUACUUUUGUUACACGUGCUGUCCGCGUUAUCGAUAUCAUGACUUCGUUAGAUGCUAAUGGUUUUACAUCCUGCAGUGGAAUGAGCAUUAUUGUUCAUCGAUUAAUUGUUAGUGUUUGUGAAAUUUUUAUCAAGUUUGAUGUCAACAUAUGCAUGAAGCAUCUGGCAGAACUGAGCAUUACUGGACCUACAACAGAACAGUGUCAUCAGCAACGUGCUGCACUGAUUAAAUCAUUACUGAAUUUCAUCAAAAGAGCUGUUCAGGAUACACAGUUUGCUGAUAGUACUCGACAUAUCAUGGAUGGUGCUUUACCGAAUGCUUUAAUGCAUAUCUUAACAAACUGCGGAUUUUUUGGAGCUUCACUAUUCCACAAUGGUCAGGAUUUGAUUGUUCUACAACGAUUAUGCCAUUUGUGGUUUGUAAUGUCGCUUUUUUUUGUAGCUGUUUGCUUGAUUACAAAUUUCAUCUACCAGGAACCAUCGUUGCUUACGUCUUUGCAAGAGAAAGGUGUUACGAGUGCUAUUUUGAGGGCAAUAUUCCGUCAAGAGUUACCCGCUUCUCGCGAUGUCAUUGUUGCAUUACCGAACACAUUCACUGCUCUUUGCUUGAACGAUCGUGGACUGAAAGCUUUUAUCGAUGAAAACCCUUUCGAUCAUUUCUGUGACAUUUUCGUGUCGACCAAAUACAUAUACGCUAUGAAAUGCCGUCGGAACGAAAUGAAUGAAGUAGCUUCGAAUCUUGGCACAGCGUUCGACGCCUUUUUGCGCCAUCAUCCGACUCUGCGCGAAAAUUUCCUUAAUUCAUUGGCUAAGAUGUUGAAUAAAUUGCUGGAUGUUGUAUCUGCGGAUUCACCACGUUGCGUCAUGUCUCUUGCAUCAUGCCGCAGUGGUCAAACAGCUUUGGCAGGUUCUUCGAAUACCGUCGUUUCGUCGGCUUCUCCCAAUCGAGAUGAUGAAACUAUCAUGGCAGGCAAUGUUUCUUCGGAUGAUGACGAUGAUGAUCCAGCUUCAGCUGUUGCAAAUAUGGAAGAAAUGCAUACGACCGAAAAUGAAUUACCUCAGUUCGAUCUUGGUCUCUCGUUAUCGAUUAUGUGUGACGGAAAUCCUCUUAUUCCUCUUGGCGAGUAUCUGCUGAAUAUCGGAAAAUUUCUAGAAACACUGUUGACUCAUAAUGCAUCAUCUGAGCAAGCUGAUAUUUUUAUACAGUCUGGUGCUGCUGAUAAAUUACUUUCUCUACUCUUUGUUCGACAGAUUCCGUUAGAAUUAUCGCAAUCAUUAUUUCCGCAAUUGGUCACGAAUAUAAUGCGAUUUCUCUUUCAACAUACAAGGAGUAGUGAUGUGAUAGAUAUGGUUGCGAAUCGGCUGAACAAAUUUUGUGUGGAUAUGUUAAGUUCGUGUAGCGCGAAUGAAGAUUCAUCGAAACCGUCGUUACUUGCGAUGAGUUUAUCAGAUACUUCGUUGGCAAACAUCUGUGCGAUCACAGUUUUUUGUUCUGUUCUUGGCAGUUUGUCAAAAACUGCUCUGGGAAGUAACACAUCCACUAAAACAGCAAUUCUAAGAUUUUGGACAAAUGAAGGUUGUAGACUUCUCGCCUCCUGUAAUCAGGCCCAGAGAGUAGUUGUUUGGGAAAGUGCGGUUUUGCAAGUAUUUAAUGCAACGAAUAAAUGCACAACUUCUACACAAACAGAUGAUAUUCAAUCAGAUGAACAAAUAGGAGAAGCUAAUAUAACUCAAGGGCACGAUUCGGUUGGAGCAGAUAGUGUACCACAGCGCGUAGGUCGACCGAAAUAUCUGCUUGACGAUUACUGGCUUGGUUCAAAAUCAGGAACCAGUGUACUGAAUCGUUGCAAUCGGCAAUGUACAGAAUUGAUGGCAAUGCUCGUCAAAAUAUCUAUCGGUGGGAUGACCAGAACAAGAAGAAUUCAGGAAAAUGAGGGUGGCACACCAUGCGAAAAUGCUGUGCAGCUUGCACUACAGAUAAUGAAAGGUUUCCAGCAGGCUCUGGAAUGGAAACCUUACGAUAAAACUGAUCCUGCUAUAAUGCUACCGUAUUUGGCAGUCUGGAUAAACAAUCUUAGCAACAUUCUAUUUGAUGAACGGAAGAGUCCUUAUCAUUUGAUGCUUUCCGCCUUUUAUCGUACCGGUACUCAUGACACAUUUUUCAACAUUGUCCCAAAUUACUUCGGACGUGAUCAAAAUCAGAAUUAUUGUGUGGAAAUGGGACAGUUGUUACAAGCCUGGUUUUCCUUAACAGAGCGAUUGGUCAAUGCGCACGCAUUCCGCCACUCACGCUAUAAAAUGUCGGAAAAAUUUGCGGAAGCUAAACGUUUUCCAACCGAGAAAUAUCUCGCAAAAUGCCAGCAGGACGCUUUUCGACAAGCCAGUGUUGUGUUCGGCAUAUUACCGUCAUUACCCUUAAGCGAAGCUGUUAAUUUUAACAUGUGUGACAUGAUUGUUUCGAUAUAUCGUGAAAUAGUCAAAGGAAUUGUACCUUUGACUGAAAAACAAAAGCAAACUGUGGUAACAACUUCUGAAGAUCGCGAAAAGAUGGAAGCAGAACUUGAUGAAGCAAAUAUUGGUCUCUUAGUUGAUAUGGGAUUCGAUCGUGAUGCUGCUGUUGAUGCACUGCUGGAGUAUUCAACCGUUCCAGAGGCUGCCGAAUAUCUGAUCGCAACUGACGGCUUAGGCAGACUUCGUCAAUCGUCAACUGAUGAGAGGAUUGAUGCCGAUGAUAUUGAUGCUGACGAAGGAAGUGGCAGCCAAAAUAAUGAUUUGAAUGUGGAAUUCGAAGAUGUCCUUUUGAAAGAGCCAAUUUCCUUGAACGAAGUACCUCCUCUCGACACCCGCCUAGUUAUUCCAAUUCUUUUGAAUUUGAUGGAACAGGGUACAGAGCUAGUGUUCAGUACAUCAGAAAUUAUGCUGGCAAUCUUAAAUGAAGUAGACGAUGAGUGGAGAAAAAAUGUGCUUAUUGGUGAAUAUUUGGUACAGGAUAUCCUUUUGAUGGUGGACGAAUUACGCUGUGACGAGACUGACGAGAAAACAGUUACAUCGCUUGCAACUCGUCUGCAUUUCGUAUGUUUGUUGUGGCCCGGCAUUGCUACUACUUAUAUAGAUGUCUUUACAGAGUAUCGUCUUCACAGUGUCUUGAUUUCUGUGCUUGACAUGGUUAUCAUACACUGUGCAAGGAGACCUGCAUUUGUUAGGCUUAUCGCACCGAUAUGCUUGUGGCUCGAUCUGUAUGAUAAAAUGUUAAAAUUAUUGGAUAGCAAGGAUAAAGUUGAAAAGGCUAUUGAAUCGUAUGCAUGGAAAUAUUGGGAUACCGAUGAAAGAGGUGGCGUGUUUGCUUGGAUUAAUUAUCCUCCCGCGGCCUCGCAUAUACUCACAAAUGCAUUUCUUUCUGGUCGAAGAAAUUGUAGCGUAAGCGUAGGGGGCCGCCAAUACACUGUUGAUUUUCCGUCAAUGAGUCAUCGUAAUGUUGAAUCUCACAUUGAACGACCGAUUACAAUUUCCGGUCGCUUGAAAGAUGGAAUUAUAUUAUCCGAAAUACUUGCUCAGAGUAAAGAACAUAAAGAAUGGGAUGAGAUAGUUCGUGACAGACUUGUGUCAGCUGUCAUUGGCCUUCUUAGCUUAUCAAAUAUAGAUGCAACCUCGAUCCAUGCGAUUUUUAUUUUGGCUGCACGUAUUACAAGAGACUUCGUAGUCGCAAGAGAAUUUUUACAGCAGGGAGGCGUGCAAACAGUGAUAAAUGUGUCGGGUUCCGCAGUACCAUCAUCAGCCAUUUUUGCGGCACUUAUCAUUCGUCAUUGUCUCGAUGAUGAGAUUGCAAUAAGACAGAUUUUCGAAAAAACAGUGCGUACAAUUGCUGCAGGUGGUUAUACUAUCAAUCCGCCUUUAACAAGAUGGAAUCAUAUCAGGACACCGCGAACAACUCGUGACUGGUUACAUGCUAUACGCGCUCUUUCUCCGCUAUGCGCGCGUCAUCCACAAAUUUUUACUGUUACUAUGGAACGGGUUGCGCGAAAACAGAAGGAUCAGAUAACUAUUUUACCAAUGAGUCCCGUUGAUCCUUCUUACAAGCAGUGGGCUGCAUGCUCACCUAUUAAACAGGUGUUGACGCAUUUAUUAAAUCACACGUUGGAUUUCUCAUGGGAAGAUUCGAAUAGAGUGGUAAAUCGCGCAUCACUUGUACGACUGAUUGCUGAAUUGGCGAAGAGUUAUAGUAUUGUCGCAACGAUAGUUGCUGAAUCGCAUGAUCUUAAUGGGCAACCUUUUAUGGUUUCGCUCCUCAGCAAGUGUGUUGUGCCCAGCAGUUCUUCUGCGGCUGAUGGUAAUCUUUCUGUGGCUGUGAAGACUUUUGUAGCUGCAAUCGCCUCAUGCAGUCAUUCACCAAAAGCUCAGGAGGCGUUGAUCUCAAGUAUUAUCUCCUGUCUUCAUAUUGUUUUCUCUGAAGCUGAUUCAAAGAUAGCUUGUAGUAAGCUGAGGGCAUUAUCAGACCUGUUUUUGUUGGCACGUGAUGCAUGUCCUACAGGACCACAAAAUGUGCGCAGCAGCACAAAUUCAAAUGCAAUUUUGCGCUUGAUUAUAAAAAAACGAGUCUGUAUCGAACUGAGUAGAGUGCCGUGGUAUUUGAAUUUGUCAGCGAAAGAAGGUAUUGAGACAUUGAACUACAUUUUGCGAGUUUUGGAAGAGUUGACGCGUACAAUCAACAGUAGCUAUGCUGCACAGAAUCCAAUAGGAGAAAAUCCAUCAGAAGCGCUGUCAACGGCUCAGAAUGCAUCAGCAUCUGUGACACUAGUUGCGACAUCAGAAAACGAUGCAUCAGCUACAGUAACAGCAAGAGAGGGUGAACAUUCUCAGGAUGAUCAACAUGUCGAAGACAGCUGUAGUACUGCCGAUGAACAUCGUUUUGAAACCCAUGAGGUAACGGUUGAACGAAAUAGACCGGAUGAUGAUGAUUACUGUGCAGACGAUGAUGAGGAUCGUAGUCGUGCUAGACAUCCGGAUGCUGCUGAAGAUUCAAGUGAAAGUGAAGAUGAAGACGAUGCAGAUGACGAUGACGAUGAUGAAGGUGCUGCUCUUAAUGAAAUGGACGUAGACGAUGAAUCGGAUGAUGAGCAUGAUGAUGUAAUGGAAGAAGAAGGACGCGUGAGCGUCGAAGAAGAAGACGAUUUUGGAAUGGUGGAAAUGGAACCGGCAGCACUAAGUCGUUUUGCCUUAGUAGAUAGUGUAGAUGAUUCUGGACCUGCAGAUAGAUUUGAAGAUGGCGAUUCUGACGAAAAUUUUGUCAACGCAAAUAUAUUUGUUGAAAAUUUGGAUGAUAUCGAUGCUCUUACAAAUGGUGCUUUCACGGGUGCCCGUCUUUUUGUAAAUACUAGUUUGGAAGCUGCACAUGCAGAUAGAUCAUCGGUUGCAGUCACUUCGGUGCAUCCCUUAUUGCAGCGGUCAUCACAAACCAGUGGCAGUGAUAGCGUCAUAGGUCAAAGACCUACGAGGAAACGAGCUAUUAUAUCAAAACCGGAAUAUGCAUUUAAAAAUUCACAAAAGAAUUCUUAUCAGAGUUAUCGCCUUUUGGUUGGUCAGCGUCGUGGAGCUGGAAAUCUGAAUUCAACAGGCUUGCAUCGCCAGAAUGCAGUACGACGUUGGACAACAUUCGGCACACAAAGUGAAUUUAUUGAACGACUCUUUGAUGGUUCCGCCACAGCUAAUGGCACUCAUCUUUUCGACGUCACUCCGGCACGUCAACGCUUCUUGAAUGUCGUUAUGCAAGACCAUGGAUUGGAUAAUGCAACUGCAGUUACUGCUGAAGAGCGACGACAGACAUCCGUUCCACUUCCACUGGAACGAUUUUCAGAUGCUGCAAGAUUGAUUGAUGGUCAUGCUCAUUUGUACUUGUGGGUUAUAGUCGCAUCUUAUAUCACCGGUAUUAUGGAUCUAAUUGAGAAGAACGAAAAUGAAAAAAAAGCAGAAGAAGAGAUAAUGAAAACGCAGAAAGAUUUUACGGAGGAAUCUUCGAAGAGAACUUUGGAUGAUACGGAAUCAAAUGAAAGUAUUAAUACGGCACGACUGUUUAUUGAUGAGGAAGAACAUGAGAAUGCUGGAAACGUUGAUGUUAGUGUUGCUGAUACACAACCAGAACAUUCAUCAGAAUCUAUCAAUAUAACAAUCCAAGCAAAUAGUGCUCCAGAGCCCAUGGAUCAGUCAGAUGCGCUGUAUUUUGAUGCUUUGGAAAAUUUUGAAAAUCAGAUUGAGCGAACCGCUGAACAGGAACAGAGACAGGAAGCUAUCACUUCAGACAGAAACAGUAAUAUUUCAACAGAGGCGUCGAUGCAUACAUUACCAGUUACUGUAAACGAAGCUGGAGGACAAGAAAAUGUGGAGCAACUAAAUGCAUUAGAGGCUGCGCCAGAAACUUCACACGCUAACCAAGAUGAUUUCAGAGAAAUAUUGGGAGAUAUAGAAAUUCCCGAAGGUGUAGAUCCUGCAUUUUUGGCAGCUUUACCGGAAGAUAUACGUAUGGAAGUUAUCCGAGAUCACAUGAGACAGCAGCGUUCACAACGUUUGAUACAAAGUUCUGCAAACCUAGAGGCAGUUGGGCAGGCAAAUGGUGAAAGUGGAGUGCCUGUAAUUGAACCGCUUGAUCAAGAUUUCCUAAACGCACUUCCACCUGAUCUGCAAGAAGAAAUCUUAGCACAGCAUGAAAGAACUGUGCGAUUAGCUCAGGAAAGAACAGAAAAUAACAGUGCACCGCCCGCAGACACUCCGGUUGGUGCAGAUGAUGCAGCUGCGUUAAUUGAAUCGCUUCCACCAACUCUGCGAGCACAAGUACUUGCUGAUGCGGAUGACACGGUUUUACAAGUUUUACCCCAGAAUGUUGCUGCUGAAGCACGACGUUUGCGAGCAUCCUACGAAGCACAACAGGUUAUGCGUUUUGCCCGUAUGUUAGCGCCUACACAACGAUUCCGUCCUGCCAAUGGUCGGUCAAUUCCCGGAACAAGCGGCAACACUACUUCUGUAGGUGCACUUGCUGGAAUUACUACACUUGCUUCGAAAAGUGCUACACAAUUGCUAGACCGAGAUGCCAUUGUCACAUUAUUGCUUCUUUUUUUCAUCGAUCCAGCUCGUCUUAAUACUCAACGUUUACAGAAGCUCAUCAAAAGCCUUUGCGCACAAAAUGUAACGUGUGAUUUCGUAAUUUGGUGCUUAAUUGCUUUACUUGACAAAGUAGACGAGGACGCUGUUCAAUAUGAAGAUUUUACGGGCACAGUGUCUGGUUGGUUGGAUCAGAUAUGCGUGCACAGCGGUAUUGGGCAACAUGAACAAGCUGUCAAAUUCUUCAAGAGCACUCAUACAGUUGCUCUGCAUCCGGCAAUCUUAACAACGGUCUGUCGUCUUGUACUGGAUACAUUAAUCAAUCUUGCAAAAACUUAUCCAGGUCAUUUUCUUCCUGCCAAACUGCGUGCAUCAGGUUCUCUUUCCAAUGCUGGAUUGCCACCAUUCUCGCAGUUCUGGGCUAUUGUCCAUAGCCUAUCGAAAGCAGAUAUCUCAUCCCGUUCUACCCAUCGACAUAGUUCAUCGCUAGAAACAGCUUUGGGACCUGGCGGAAUUAAUGCAAGCAUGGCUGCUUCAUCACUUGAAGAUAGUGCUGUUGGUGUACUGAUGGAGCAUAUUAGACGUCCAGUUAUUCUCUCGUCAUCUGUAUUGCAGGAUAAGUUACUUCGCCUUAUAUGUACGAUCGUCCAGACUUUACCGGAUGAAACUGUCACGAAAAUGUCGAUUGAUUCGACAGCAGAAAAACCUCCACUUGCCCAGCAACUCGAAUACAUUGUUUUGGCCUUGACAGAAGGUGAAUGCUCAGAAGAAGGGUUAGCGGAUGGACGAACCUUACUCUUGGAAUUAAUUCGUGCCCUGAGUCCAUCUACAAAGACUUUUGUAAUGUCUCUCCUUAUAAAUGCCGCUGAACGCCUAGGAGCUCGACUCCUGCCACAUAUUGAGAGACUUGAAGAAGAACUGAAAGAAUUAACCAACGAAGGAAGUCCCUCGUCAUCUCUUGAGCAACAACCAUCAGGUUCAAAAGUUGCGGUUAAUCGUUAUGACGAAUCAGUGAUUGUGAUCAGUGGAAUAUUGAAUUCACGAGCAGUCAUGAAUGCAUCAGGCUGUUAUGAACUACAGUUACCUGCUAUGAGAGCACUUACUGAUAAAAAUGGAGUUCAAAACGUAUUUCUGAGAACCCUGCAGACAAUCAUCAAAAUGAGAGAAGUGCUGAAAUCACAUGCAAGAUGUAUUGAGAUUGACGUAAGUAUUGAAACUGCAGGAGAGCAGGAUAGCGAAAAUGCACAGGGAGAAGAUAAAAAUGCAAUCGAAAAAUAUGAAAGGAAAAAACUUGCCGAAAAAGAAGAAAACAUGAGCAUAUUAUUAAAUACGUUAGAACCGUUAUGGGAACUUGUAUCGAGAUGUCUGAAACGUCUUACAAAUGCAGAUGCACAUGCAGCAUUAGCUCUUCAACCAAGUGCUGAAGCUUUUUUUCUGGUAUAUGGAUCGGAAUUGUCGUCUAUUGAUCCAAGCAAACUACAUGAGCAUCCAGAUGCUCAAAAACUUCUUCAUUUCGCUGAGAAGCACCGGAAUAUGUUGAAUCAGGUUCUGAGACAGAGUGGUGGUAGUUUAACGGAUGGCCCCUUCGCAGUACUGAUUCAGAUGCCAAAAUUGUUAGACUUUGAUGUCAAACGUAUCUACUUUCGGAAACAGAUGCAGAAAAUCGAUGAACGUGUUAGAGGUGAAGACGUAGCAGUGCGGAUUCGUCGCAGUCACUUAUUCAGUGAUAGUUUCCGGGAAUUAUUCAGACUGCGUGGUCCGGAAUGGAAAGCGAGAUUUUACAUCAUUUUCGAAGGUGAAGAAGGGCAAGAUGCUGGCGGAUUAUUACGUGAAUGGUUUUCAAUUAUUACACGGGAAAUUUUCAAUCCAAACUAUGCACUCUUUAUAACUUCUCCAGGCGAUCGAGUGACAUAUAUGAUCAAUAAAACUUCAUACAUUAAUCCGGAACAUUUGGAAUAUUUUAAGUUUGUUGGAAGAAUAAUAGCAAAGGCAAUAUAUGAGAAUAAAUUGCUGGAAUGUUAUUUUACUCGAGCAUUUUACAAACACAUUUUAAGUGUUCCUGUUCGAGCACAGGAUUUAGAAUCAGAGGUAUUGUUGCCUUUUUCUGUUGAACAAGAGACGAAACGAGAGCUAGACAGUCUGUUAGAGGAUCCCAGUUUCUAUAAAUCAUUGGAAUUUUUGCUCAAUAAUCCGAUAGAAGAUCUUGGCACUGAACUUACAUUUAGUUUGGAAGUUGAAGAAUUUGGAGUUAGAAAAAUGCGCAUGCUUAAAGAAAAUGGAUCGUCUAUUCCAGUUACUGAUGAAAAUAAGGAAGAAUAUGUGAAGCUCGUUUGUCAAAUGAAAAUGACAGGCUCCAUUAAUCAGCAGUUGAACGCAUUUUUGGAGGGCUUUUACGAAAUAAUUCCGAAACAGCUGAUAUCAAUUUUCAAUGAGCAAGAAUUAGAAUUGUUGAUAAGUGGGCUUCCAAAUGUUGACAUUGAUGAUCUCUAUGCCAAUACAGAAUACAAGACGUACACUAGAUCCUCAUCUCAGAUACAAUGGUUCUGGAAAGCAUUACGUUCGUUUGAACAGGAAGAUCGCGCAAAGUUUUUACAAUUCGUUACUGGUACAAGUAAAGUUCCCCUGCAAGGUUUUGCCGCACUUGAGGGUAUGAAUGGCACGCAGAAAUUUUCCAUUCAUUUGGAUUCGCGAUCUUCAGAUCGACUGCCAACAGCACAUACAUGUUUCAAUCAAUUAGACCUACCACAAUAUGAAACAUAUGACAAACUUCGGGAUAUGCUGUCAUUAGCUGUACGUGAAUGUACCGAAGGAUUUGGAUUUGCUUAA